AACUCAUUUUUGAACUCAUUUUCAAUGCCCUAUAAAAAUGCAGAGCCUCUCCCCUCACCUUGAACCCACAUCCCAAGCUACUCAACACUCGAUCUCCUCCGGUUGACAAUCCCAUCCUUCUUCUUGAUCAGAACAGUAACAAUGGCCAUAGUGAUCAAAGAGCUUUCGAUGGACGCCCACGAUGCGCCCAUUGUGUCCUCCUACAAUGACCGCAUCCGACCGUUGCUUGACUGCGUGGACAAACUCCGGCACCUGAAGAUAGCGCAGGAGGGGAUUCAGCUUCCGACGAUCGUCGUCGUCGGGGACCAGUCCUCCGGCAAGUCCAGCGUCCUCGAGUCCCUCGCCGGAAUCAGCCUCCCCAGGGGACAGGGGAUAUGCACCCGCGUCCCCCUCAUCAUGCGCCUCAAAAACGUACCCAAUCUCACCUCGCCGGAGCUCCACUUGGAGUUCAACGGAAAAGUCGUCCAGACCGACGAGGCCGGCGUGGCAGACGAUAUCGUCCUCGCAACCGAUGAAAUCGCCGGGAGGGGGAAAGGGAUUUCCCACACGCCGUUAACGUUGACCGUGAAGAAGAACGGCGUCCCGGAUUUGACCAUGGUGGAUCUGCCCGGAAUCACCCGGGUCCCUGUUCACGGUCAGCCGGAAGAUAUCUACGAGCAGAUAUCCAACAUCAUCAUGGAGUACAUUACACCCGAAGAGAGCAUUAUCCUCAAUGUUCUAUCAGCAAAUGUUGAUUUCUCAACUUGUGAGUCCAUAAGGAUGUCCCAAAAAGUGGACAAAACAGGGGAGAGGACGCUGGCGGUGGUGACCAAAGCCGACCGGGCACCCGAAGGCCUGCUCGAGAAGGUGACCGCGGACGAUGUCGGGAUUGGGCUUGGCUACGUCUGCGUCCGGAACAGAAUCGGAGAUGAAUCGUACGACGAGGCACGGGUAGAAGAGGCCAGGCUCUUCCAGAGCCAUCCUUUGCUUUCCAAGAUUGACAAGUCCAUUGUCUCAAUCCCUGUUUUGGCCCAGAAGCUGGUGAGAAUCCAGGCCAACAUCAUCUCCAAGUGCCUCCCUGAAAUCGUGAGGAAGAUAAACGACAAGCUCUCGGCCAACAUGGCCGACCUGAACAGGCUCCCGCAGGGACUGUCCUCUGUCUCUGAGGCGCUGACCGCCUUCAUGAGGAUCCUCAGCCAGGCGAAAGAGUCCCUGAGGAAGAUCCUCAUUAGGGGCGAGUUCGAAGAGUACCCAGAGGAAAAGGAGAUGCAUUGCACAGCCAGGAUGGUAGAGAUGUUGAACGUCUACUCCGGGCAAGUCCAGGCGUACCGAUUCAACUUCGAAGGGAAUAACAAUUUCUUGAUGGACGACGUCAUGGCCUUGGAGGAGGCCAAGGAGAUUGGCCUCCCCAAUUUCCUCCCCCGCGGCGCAUUCCUCUCCAUCCUCCAGAAGAGGGUGAAGGGGAUUUCUCCCCUGCCGCGGGAUUUCGUGGAGAAGUUCUGGGACUACAUAGAAGGUAUCCUUGUCAAGGUCUUGAUGCACCAUUCCGACAGCUACCCGCAGCUCCAAUCUUCGAUGCGAAGAGCUGCGCAGAAUCUUAUAGCCAAGAAGAAGGACAGGUCCUUCGAAUGGGUCGUCGAGAUCAUCGGGAUGGAGAUGCUCGCUGAUUAUUCAUGCAAUCCUGAGUACACUACGACGUGGAACAAGCUCAUGGAGAAGGAGGAGGAGUUCAUGGCGAUCUUGAACGAUGCUUCGAAGAGCUCGAGGAUGAAGAUCGAUGGGGUGGACGUUGAAAUCGGGCACCUGAGGUAUUACAAGGAUGUUGUGAAACAGGCUUUUGAUUUGAGGAUGAGGUUGAUAGCUUAUUGGAAGAUAGUUAUGAUGAGGCUUGUGGACUCCAUGGCGCUCCAUAUUCUUUUCAGCAUUCAGAAGCUGGUGAACAAGGACAUGGAGGAUGAGGUGGUGGCGGAUCUGAUGGCGCCCCACGGCGGCGGGAUUGAGAGGAUGCUGGAGGAGUCGCCGGUCGUGGCGGAGAAGCGCCACCGCUUGACCAAGAGCCUCAAGCUGCUCAAGGAAUCCAAGGACGUGGUGGGGAAUAUCAUGGACAGGCUUAUGAUGAAUAGUGAUGCUUGCUAAGGGAGGGAUGUUUGGAACUUUGAUGUGUCUGUGUUUUUUUUCUUAAACAUUUUCAUGAUGCGUUUUGGGUUUUUGUUCAAGUUAAUGCAGUUCAGGGGUUUAUU